CUGGAAUUCAUAUAUUGUAGACUGUAGAUACAGCUGUACAGUGUUGGGAUGUUUUCCAGUAAAGCGGAUCUUCCCGAUGGCGCGACGUCAUUCCUACAACUUCCGACAAUAUUUUCCUCCCGUUUACUGAUACUUUCUCCCUCCAGCUUCCACAUCCAGGCCCUAUUCACUGCCACAAUGGAGCGAGACCAAUUCGCCUCACUCCUGUGGCUCCUCAACCCAGUCAAUCUAUUCCUAGCUUAUCAUGUCCCUCAACAGGUACGACCGUUAUUCGCAGCCCUGCAACUGGGAAUCUACAUCUCAGUAAUCCUCCUCGUCCCGCCAACAAACCCAGCAAAAGAUUACCAAUUUGGAAUAUGCUUCCUCAGCAUCCUCUCUGCUCUGAACUUCUUCAUCCUCUCUAACCCUUACGAGGAGCAUUGGCGGACCUCCCCCAGCCAAACAAAGGAUGACAGCAGCAGCAGCAAGAAAAAAAAUUCAAAUACAGAACCAGCGAAAUACCUAUCCCUAUCAACAGGAGAAAAACUCCUUUGGGUGUGGACAAACGCCGGCGAAACCCGCGGCAUAGGCUGGAACUGGACCAUCCCGCAUCUCCCCUCAGGUCCGGAGAAAGGUUUAUCGAAGGGGCAAUACCUACGCCAUCUCGUCCUUCGCUUUAUAAAGCUAUACCUCCUACACGAUGGCAGUGUCUAUCUUCUCAAGAAUCUAACGAACGCCGGGGCAAUCUCUCUCUACGACCUGGCACUCCCCCAACGCAGCAUAGCAGUGAUAUCAUUCGCAGUAUCAAACAUCACCAUCCUCGAAUUCGGCUUCGCGGCGCUAUGUUUCAUCGGUUCCGCAUCCGGUCUAUUCUGGACGAAAUAUGAAGAGAACCCGCCCUUCUGUGGGAAUCUGAGUGAUGCUUACACAGUCUCCCGCUUCUGGGGCCGCGUCUGGCAUCAGAAUAUGCGGCGGGUGCUGCAGUCUCCUGCGCGGUAUAUGGCGAAUACGAUCUUCAAGGCGCGGCGCGGUUCGUUAUCAGCAAGAUAUAUCCAGACUUUCACUGCGUUUGGGGUUUCGGGGGUUUAUCAUUAUGUUUCUGCGAAGACGGCGCGGCCGGAUAUGGGGUUUUCGGGGACGUGGAGGUUUUUUCUUCUGCAGCCUGUUUUGGUUGUGCUGGAGGAUUUGGGGAUGGAGUUUGGGCGGAGGUUGGGCGGUUCUGGGUCUAAGCUAGGUUACUGGGUUUAUGGGGUUGGGUAUGUUUGGACCUUUACCAUGCUGGUUUUGACGGCGAUCGGGUUUGUGGAGGAUUGUGUGACGAGUGGGUUGAUUCCCCCAGUGUCUGCGUUUCCAUUUUCGCUUGCAGGGUUGCUUUUUCAGUGAAGGUGGGAACCAUGAAUUAGAUUACCUGAUGUGAGCCAUACUGUAACAUAAUAUCCGUACAUCUCCCCUUUAUAUAAUCAUACAAAUACCCAUUCUCAAUCAGAGACUAGUAGUACCCGACUUUCUCAUCCGCUCGAGUGUCUCGGCUGCCUUGGGAUCCUUCUUCUUCAGAAAAUCCGUAAAGCCGUCCGCCAUAAAGCUCUUCAGG